ACGGCUCCCGACGAUGUUUGCGCUCGUGGUUCUGCUCAGCCAGCUGCCCCCGGGGGCCGCCGCAUUUCCUCGGCAUUCGGGAGAGGACGUCUUUACAUCAAAAGAAGAAGCAAACUUUUUCAUACGUAGACACCUCCUGUAUAAUAGAUUUGAUUUGGAACUCUUCACUCCCGGGGACCUGGAGAGAGAGUGCAAAGAAGAACUUUGUAAUUAUGAGGAAGCCAGAGAGAUUUUUGUGGAUGAAGAUAAAACGAUGACAUUUUGGCAGGAAUAUUCGAUUAAAGGACUAAACACAAAAUCAGAUGGUAACAGAGAGAAAAUCGAUGUUAUGGGCCUUCUGACUGGAUUAAUUGCUGCUGGAGUAUUUUUGGUUAUUUUUGGACUACUUGGUUACUAUCUUUGUAUCACUAAGUGUAACAGGCAACGACAUCCAGGUUCUUCAGCCACCUGUAUAAGAAGGGGCAGGCACGCUCCCUCCAUCAUUUUCAGAAGACCUGAGGAAGCUGUCUUGUGUCCAUCACCACCUUCAGUGGAGGACACAGGAUUACCUUCUUAUGAACAGGCAAUGGCACUGACCAGAAAACAUAAUGUUUCACCACCGCCACCAUAUCCUGGGCCAACAAAAGGAUUUAGGGUGUUUAAAAAGUCUAUGUCGCUCCCAUCUCACUGAGCCGCCUUGCUGUCUUGGUGGUAUAGGAGAUUCAUGUUAUUUAAAUGAUUCAUUCUCCCUAAACCAAUAAAGACAUGUCAGUUCAGCCCGUUAUGACAAACUGCAGGGAGUAAAGGAGGAAUAAGCACCUGUACCACACCGCAGAAGUCCUGUCGGCAUCUUGAACCUGAACUUGAUCAUUAUCCGCUUGAUAAGAAACUUUGACUCCAUAUCCUUGCAGUUAAGAAAAGAAUACUUUUUUUGUCUAUUUUAAUGGUUCAGAAAAUCUGUGUUAUGAUGUCAUAGCUAGAACUGGUGAACUGUCUGUAUCCUUUGUACAGAUAAAUGUUGUAGAUUUCUUGUGUUGAAUAUAAAAAAGUGAGAAUUUCUAAUCAUUAGAUUAUCCCAAGUCAUAAUAUUGGACCCAUUCUUUAUUAGGAUUUCUUUUUGGUUGGAAAUACUUCACAGAAUUUGAUUUUCAAUAUAAAUUGAUGUCCUUAAUAUAAUCACUUGGUUUUACAUUUUAAUUAUUGAGUAACAUUCAUCAUAUUUUGCUGCUUUUGGUUGUUAACUCUUGCCAUUAGUCAUGUUUCAUUAUGGGGAGUGGGGUCAGUAGUUUCCUUUUUUAAAAAAAAAAAAACAACCAUUUGCUAGAGAGUUAGUUCUUCAGACGGUACAGUGUUGCAAUAGCAAGGAUUUUCAAGGGUUGUUAUACAAUCAAAUAAAGAAGCCUCAGAUCUAGGAGUGACUAGGACUUGGUAAAGUUGCCCGUUUUACUGGCGAAAAGACGCAUCCAUUUUCAUUGCUAAGUUAUCUAUAUAUAUAACUAUAUAUAAUUAUUUAUCUUGAAAAUUUGUUGAAGUUUAUAAAUAAUAGUUUGAGAACCUAGAAAAAGUAAUUUACUUUUCUGCUAUUAAAAUAAUACUGAUUAAAGUUACCAGCAACCCCUUGUAUCUCUUAAUGUCUAGACACAAAACACCAUAGGUAAUCAUUUUAACCUAUACUUGUCUCUUCUAAUCGUGUGUAUGACCAGCCUCCUUAAGAAUGUAGUAGCGUGUUAGCUAUCAACCUCUGGAGUGUGCAUGUGUGUGCUAGCUUAAGUGGGUGGGUGUGUAUGUACAUGUGAAUUUGUUUUCUCUUUGCAGCUCAAGAAAUAACAUACUCGUGAGAAAAUUCUGUUCUUUAUGUUUUUGCCAGGCGUUGCAUUUUCCUAUUAUUUAAGACCAUUUAUAAAAUUGUAUUUUGCUUUAGAAUUUUUACAGAGGUGCAACUAAAACCUACAUGCAUUUGAUAAUUCCUUCCAAAUUAAAUGUUUAGAAAGUAUAAAUCAUAUUACAGUGUGUGUGUGAGUGCAUAUCUCUCCUUUAAGACAGCAUGAUCUUAAGGCUUGUAAAAGCAAGACCUUAAUCAUUACAGACGGCCAAAGACGUCAUCCUUUCAGAUUUGCAGAGUCUCUUCGGUUGUUUAUUGCAAAGAAAUCGUUUAGCAACAUUUAGAUAUAAUUAGGAAAGGGGUCUUUUUGAAGCCACCUAUAUUACGUAUAAAAAUUUACUAUUAGUCGUAUCUUGGCUUUACAGAGCACUUUUUCUCAUGUAACUUUGCACUUUGCACUUAUUUUAAUCCUCUUUAAAAGGUCAGAGGCAAACUCUACUUUGCCCACUUCAUAACGAUCAGACUAAGGCAGAGAAGGAUAACUUGCCCAAAAUCUAACACAUUGGUGAGAGCUAGGUUUAAAAUGAGCAAGCACACUUUUCUAGGCCCAUCACAUACCUAUACAUUUAGACUGUCUCAAAUGACAAAAUCCAAGGAUCUUAUUACUUAAUUCUGUCUGUAUAAGAAAUUUAUGAGCACUUGUGAUAUAUACAUAAAUGUGUAUG